GCGAACAGAAGCAGGCCUUCCGAACGCUUCAAAGUCCUGGAUCCUCUUCCCCGCUCAGUAGCUGGAAUUCUUCAGGACUGUUUCGUAUCGUAGGACUACUGCGUCUAAGAUGGAAUUCUGACGAUCUGGAGCAGAAUAGUCAUAUCCUGGGAGAAAUCGUGUUAUUGUUAGGAAGGAGGCAACGGAGAUUUUUUUUUUUAAAGAUUUAACUGGCAAAAAAGAAGUGGGCAUAUCAAUCUAGGAUUCCAGUGACUUUUCAGGGUGUCACAAACACCGAUUCACGCAAGGGCUGCAAUGUCGUGGAAAAUAUUGGCAUUGGCCAUCGUCUUGGUCACUUCUACAGCAAAUGGCUAUGAAAUCUGUAGUCCACCAGCAGGCUCGGUGCCCCUUUCUGGGGAGAUUACGUCACCGGGUUACCCCUCACUUUACGACGACGAUCUUGACUGUAGUAUAUCAUUAGAAGCAGACACCCGCAUACGGCUGCAGUUCACUGACUUCGAUCUCAGGGAAGGCGGCGACUAUGUGAUGGUGGUUGAUCAAGAUGGCAUCGAAACGAUGAUAACAGGGAGUUCAGUGCCGAAAGAUUUCAUUGGCAGUAGUUUCGAAAUAUCCUUCGUGUCUGAUGGUGAACAAACCAACGGCACUGGAUUUAUGAUCACAUACGAUGAGUACAUGAGAGCACCAAUCACUCACAAACAUAUUAUGGACAAUAUCGACCUGAAACCUGGAAAGGCACUUCAUUUGUACACCAAUGACUAUCCCAUGCAUUAUGACGAUAACACACAUUACAUGUGGAACCUUACGUCAUCAAGCACUGGCGUCAUGGUAAUUACCGUCGUUGAUAUGGACACAGAGGAUCAACGUGAUUGGUUGAAAGUAACUUCGCACUCAAUGAUGUCAGAUCCCGAAAUACUGCUCUACGAAUCCGGCACGCCCAGCGAAGGCGUCGACCAAUUAACAGUACGGGAUUCAGAUUACGUCACAAUCGAGUUUCUGACGGACUAUUCUAGAAGUGGGCGGGGUUUUCAUAUCAUUGUUGAACCAGAUAGCGCGAUGGAUGCCAUGGUCCAAGCUGGACCGGUUACUGGCUGCGGAGGAAACUUUACCCUAGGAACAGAAGAUUUAAAGUUCCAUUUGCCAGAGGAGACCUCAGAUCAAUACUGUGUAUGGUCUAUAGAGAAUAAUUACACGGAUACCAGGGUCAGCAUUCGACUUCACGAUUUCUUCGUUGGAGAGGGCACAGACUACUUUGAAAUUAGAACUGGACUUGAUCCCUCUGACUGGAAAAGUUAUCGCCGUCGCUUGACAGGAGUUGUUGACUCUGAGGAGUUCUUCAUCGAUGUCGGUGGAAGUGUCACUUUAAUCUUCUCUUCUGGCGCCGCUGAUCUAAACAGAACCCUUCAUAUCCAUGUUGGGCAAGUGCAAGACUAUGGAUGCGGCGGUGAGAUUGACCUGUCGUUCAAUGGCCGUGGUAAUGUGUACAUUAGUAACAUAUCAUCUGCUCUCUCCAAUGUAUACUGUCAGUGGCACAUCAAGACUCCGCUCCAAACUAAUGUUGAUUUCCACAUCAAUACCCUGCAUGCUGAGCGCCACUAUGACAUCUUUGAGAUUGGUACCGGUAUGGAUCCCACGGAUAUUGGAUCACGAAAGAAGCUCAUUGUGGGAGAUGUCAUGGAUCAGACCUUCUCUACUUAUUCAGGAGAUAUGUGGUUGGUGUUCUCAGCCGAGGAUCUUAUGGAGGGAGAUGAUAUCAUGAUAUCUAUCGCACUGGAUGAUAAUGCUUGCAUCAUUAAAACUAUCCUGGAUACCUACGGGGAGAUUGAUUCCCCCCGUGGUAUGAACGCAAUGUACCCAGACGAUGCAGACUGCCAGUGGAUCGUUCAGGUUCGGGGAGGUUACCAAGUACGUCUUCGCUUCCUGGAAUUCGAUCUGGAGUACGGCCACGAUCAGCUGAUCAUCGGAGGAACAAACCCUGAUGAGGAUGAUGUAGAUUCAUCUUACCUGAUCUUGACUGGUUCUGAAGUUCCUGAUGAUGUUGUCAGCCGCUACAAUGGCCUCAACAUCCGCUUGAAGACAGACAGCGCCACGACCAGCUUGGGCUUUAAGCUCAUCUUUGAAGAAUUCUUCGACUGUCCUGAAGGAUAUGAAUACAAUCCAGCCAAUGAAACCUGCUACAAGUUUGUCACGACUCCAACCUCCUGGUUAGAGGCCCGCUACGACUGCAACAAUGUCGCCGAUGGUGACCUGGUCGUGAUCAACGAUGCUGGGGAGAAUGACUACGUAAUGGAGAUGAUCCAGUCGAUGCAGCAGGAAGCCAACGAGACAGAGAAUUGGUGGAUAGGCUUCUAUGAUCUGGCAAUCAAUGGAGAAUGGGUCUGGGUUGACUGUGAAGAACCCACCCUCUUUGGCCGAACUAAAUGGCAAACUGGUGCCCCAGAGGACGAUGAUGACCACUGCGCCUAUAUGUCCAGCGAAGAUGGGCUCUAUAACGAUGACAUGUGUAACAACAACAGGAGCUACGUCUGUGAAAUCACCAGAAAGAACUAUGUGGACUCUGAUUGUUACCCAUCUAAUUUCAUAGUCACGGACACCGAACUGGGUCAAAUCAGUCUCAGUUUCUCCGUCUCCGACUAUCUUUGUGAUGUGACGGGUUACAAGAUCCGAUACAAUACCAGUGUUCCUGGCGAAUAUGUGGAAGUAGAUCUGCCUGGAGCAAGGACCUCUUCUAUUGAUAUAACAGGAUUAGAACCAGGAAAUACCUAUCACUUUGAACUGACGACCUGCACUAUCUCAUAUUGUUACGGCUACAGUACUGCUUUGUCUGUUUUGGGCUCAACAUUGGCAUGCCCGAAUGGUUAUCCCUAUUUCUUUGGAGAAAGCUGUUACACUAUGGUAAGCGAGAGCUUAACUUGGGUGGAAGCCAGAGAACGAUGUCUGACUGGAGAAGUGGAAGAGGCGGAUCUUAUUAACAUUGAGACGGAGGAGGAGAACGAUUAUAUAGGGUCCAUGAUUCCUCCCACAGGAGAUUACUGGAUAGGACUGUAUGAUGUAUUGGAAGAGGGAGAGUUCUUCUGGAGCUACGAGUGUCUCCUACCCCCCUACCGCGGCUGGCUUGGUGGCAAUCAUCCCAAGAACUCUGACGAAAACUGCGUUACCAUGGAUACAAGUGGAUUUUGGGACGAUGCAAACUGCACUAGCUCGUCGGUUGCAGGAUACAUCUGUGAAACAACAACUCGAGCGCCUGGAUCAGACCCCACUGAUGUUGUACCUUCCCUGUUCCGAGGCACUGCCUUCAAUGAGACGGUAGUAGACUUGACAUGGAUCCCUCCUGCACAGACUUGUGAUGUCUCUGGCUACAAGGUGUCUGUCUUCAAGACGUCGCUCCAGUUUGAGGUAGAAGUCCAGGGUGGAGAUACAAGUGGAGUGAGGAUCAGUGGGUUGAACAAAGGAAUGGUUUAUACUUUCCGGCUGACACCCUAUUCAUUUUCCUUCCAAGGUGAAGUUGUGCCAACGGAAACAAACGUUCAAACACUUGGUUGUCCCCUUGGUUACGAGGCAUCAGGAGAGGGAAUCUGUUACCGCUACUUGAGCGAUGCAAAGACAUGGACAGAGGCUGCGACGGACUGUCGUAGAGUGUUAGGUGCUGACCUGGUCACCAUCGUUGACGAGACUGAACUGGCCUACCUCCGAACAAUCGGCGUUGAUGAUGGUUGGACUGGAAUGUCGGACUCCAUGACAGAGGGUGAUUUUACUUGGUCAACGUGCUUUGACUGGAGUCGAGAGCCAUGGAAUACACCAACAGGAAACACAGAGGACAACGACUGUGUCUUCUUGGACAACAGCACGGGUGGAUUGGUCGCCGAGAAUUGCUCUGCUCAGUAUGCAUACUUCUGUGAAUUUAAUGAAGUGUUUGAUAUCUACCCAACGGAGCUCAGGGCAGAGGUUUUGAGCUACUCAGAGGUAAUGCUGUCGUGGACUGUACCAGAAAACCCAUGUGGGGUGACCGGAUACCGUGUCCAGUAUUACACAGGAUUGAUCCGUAGUGAUAUUCAGGUGGAUGGAGCUGAAAGUGAUUCUGUUUUAGUCAUGAAUCUUGAGGAAACCACUCGCUACUUCUUCACCAUCGCUCCACUUGUGACCGGCUCCCUCUAUCCUCAAAGUGAUCCCAUCAAUGCCACAACAGAUAUGGCUCCACCUUGUCCUGAGGACUAUGUCUUGGGUUUUGGCGGUUCCUGCUUUAGGGUCAGCAGAGACUUUGCUACUUGGGCUGAGGCAAGGGCAGACUGCCUCCAGACUGAGAAUUCAGAUCUGGUUGAAAUCACCAGCGAGAAUAUGACAUCCUACUUGCAGUCAGAAACAGGGAAUGGCAUCUACUGGAUUGGUCUUUAUGAUGCAGCCAUUGAAAGUGACUGGCGAUGGGGUUCGGCCUGUAUGGCGCCCUCUUACACUCGAUGGGGGCCAGGUGAGCCGGGCAACAGCACUGGUUUGGACCAGGACUGUGCUACACUCAAUGGUGUGACGGGAGGAUGGGCCGACCAAAUUUGCACCAAUACUCUGCUAUACAUCUGUGAGAUCAAAGAAAAGGCAUCGUCUCCUGACAGUGUGUCACCCUCCGGUUUGAGCGGCGACUCCCAAACCCCAUCCUCAAUAACCGUCACCUGGACACCGUCUGCCCAACAGUGCGACAUCUUGGCCUAUAUCAUAGGCUGGCAGGGCAAGGAUGGAGAAACCGGUACGCAGACGAUCUCGGGAGGAGCGUCCUCUACUACCAUCAUCACCAACCUGACCCCAGCAACGGACUACGUCAUAUUUAUUGAUACGCUGACUUUCAGCUUUGGAAAUCUCGGCAAUGGAGCUGGACUUGAGGUGUCUACCGGUGCUUCCUGCCCUACUGGAUAUGAGCUAGGGCCAACAGGAGAUUGCUAUAGCUUUGUCCGGGGUGCCAUUGAGUUCCACUUUGCUCGUGAGCUGUGCCAGCGAACCGAUGGGGGAGAUCUGGUGGUCAUAGAGACCCCACGAGAACAUGAAUAUAUCAUGAAUAUGACACAAGAGGGUGAUUGGUGGGUCGGAUUAUACGAUGUUGGUACAGAAGGGAACCAUCGCUGGGUGGAUUGCUCUGAUAUGAACAUCUGGCAGCUAUCAAACUGGGCUCCUGGCCAGCCAGACGAUACGGACGGGACACAGGAUUGCGGUCAGAUGAUCUCCAGUGGAGAAUGGAUGGACUGGCCAUGUGACAGACAAAAUAUGUACAUCUGUGAGAUCAAUCCACUCAAUCUCCUCCCUGGAGAUGUAAGCCCCUCAGCUUUCACAGCGACUCCGCUUUCCAUCGUCAGUAUCCUCCUGUCUUGGGUACCAUCUGAACAAGGCUGCGACGUGACUGGCUACCGAAUCUUCGUCUCCCAGGGUCUGGCUUCAUACACCUUUGACAUCGAAGAAGGAGACACAAGCAACUAUAUUGUCAAUGAUCUGCUGAUUGACACAGAAUAUGGCUUCCGUAUCUCAGCCCUGACCAUCACUGGACCUCUACCGUAUAGUGACCUUGUCACAGCUAGCACCAACAAUGAAACAAUUGGCUGCCCAAUGGACUAUGAAGAAGGUUACAUGGAUCAAUGCUACCGCUUUGUAAAGGGCUCUCUCACCUGGAGUCAAGCACGACUAGAAUGCGGCAAGGACUUCGGAGGAGAACUCAUGGUCGUCGACAACCAAGAAGAAUAUGAUUACAUCCGGGAAAGAACAGUGGAAGGAGAUUGGUGGAUAGGAUUGCAAGACCAGUGGUCAGAGGGUGACUUCCGCUGGACAGACUGUUCAUCGAUGACCGAAUGGCAGAUGACCAACUGGGCACCAGAUGAACCAGAUAUGAAUGGUGAUGCUCAAGACUGUGUCCAGAUGAUCUCCAGUGGUCAGUGGAUGGACUGGCCAUGUCAAAGGCCAAAUCAGUUCAUCUGUGAAAUCUUUGCUAAAGACUACGUCCCGAUCCAGACCGCUCCAAGUAACUUCAGCGGUGAGGGUAUUUCUGACUCGGAGGUCCUUUUGACCUGGGUUCCGUCGGAGUUCAUCUGUGAUGUCCGAGGCUACAUGAUCGAGUACACGGACCUCAAUAACGUUGUAGAAUUCUCUGUAGUAGGUGGCACCACUGAUAGCGUAGUGGUGACUGGUCUACGUGCUGAUACACCGUAUCGCUUCUCCAUCAAGCCCCUGCUUCUUGUGGAUAGGAACUUGGACUAUGGCGUACCUACAGAAGCAAUCACACUUCCUUAUUCAGGAUGUGACGAACCUGUCCUCAUUAUCAAUGCCCCAGGCAACAUCUCAUCUCCCAACUUCCCUAGCAGCUACCCACCCUCUGUGGACUGCAUCACCACCAUCUCCUUGGAUACGCGCAUCCAGCUCACCUUCCAGCUCCUCUUCAUCCUCCCCGAUACUGAGGACUAUGUCACCAUCUCAGAGCUGGGAGAGAAUGGAUACGAGGAGAGAGUGAGGCUUACUGGAAUAUUUUUGCCCAAGUCUUACAUCAGUGAAGCCACAUCAAUCCAGAUCAGGUUUGUGUCAGAUGCUCGUAUUGAAGGCUUGGGUUUCUUCUUGACCUACACCGAGUACAAUGUUGAAUUACCUGGUGAGAAGCGAUGCACCAAUGUAUACCCUCUCAAGACUGGACCAGUCCCUCUUUUCUUCAGCUCUCCUGGAUACCCUAACGGUUACGAAGACAACCAGAACUGCGACUAUGUCUUCGAGCAAUCCUCUACCGCUCUAGGGGAUGUCGAGGUCACCGCCGAUAAUCUCAUAGAGCUCAACUUCAACGACUUCAAUCUGGAGAACAGCUACGACAUCCUCAUCAUAGGAACAGGCAUGGAUCCAUCCGAUCUUACAACAGAGAUCGGCCGCUACUCAGGAACCACCACACCGGAGAUCAUUCGCAGCGCUGAGGAGGCUGUUUGGUUGACGUUAGAAACUGAUUCUUCUAAUGCCGCUGUUGCUCGGGGAUUCUCACUGAGUGCUAAUGAGAAAACUCCAGGUGAGAUUCCAGCCACCAAAGAGCCACCUCCAUUUGACAACCCAGCCUGGAACGGCACCUGCGGGGGUACAUUGAUUGUCCCCGUAGCUGGCUUCCAGAAGGUCCAGUCACCAAACUACCCCCAGGACUACUCCAACAACAUGGAGUGUGUGUGGUACCUGCAGACGGACCAACCCGGCAGGUUCAGGAUCGGCAUGGAGACCAAUGAAUUCUUUACCGAGACUGGAUUUGAUGUUGUUGAGAUUGGUCGUGGCAGCGAUGCUUCCGAUGCCUCCACCCACUACGCCUCGCUCUCAGGAUCACUGGAACCAUUCUCUUUCAUGAUUGAAGAGUCUGUAGGUUGGGUUAGAUUCACAUCAGACUACUCCAAUGUCAACACGGGAUUCUCUCUCAUUGCGGAGCAAGUCACAGAUUGUGAGGAGACGAUCGUCAUAACACCCGUCACCAGGACCAUCACAUCACCAAACUACCCAUUGCCCUACGGCACCAAUGGCUACUGCCUCUGGUCUAUAGUCUCGUCCUCCGGAGCCCCAAUCAGGGCUGUCGUCACAGAUUUCAUGACCGAGGACCAGUAUGACGUGCUGGAUGUAGGUUCUGGUAGAGGGGAGAACGCCGUAAACUUGGAUACCCGUGUCGCUCAGCUCUCGGGAUACGUCAACGAAUCCUUCACCACCAACUCCGCCCUCAUGUGGCUUGCUUUCUCCAGUGAUGCCAGCAACAACUUUGGUGGAUUUGAAAUAAGAUUCUUUGAUGACAUGUGCUCCAAUGAGAUCAUCACAGACAUGUCCGGUACCAUCCAGUCACCUGGGUAUGGGCUCCAGUAUCCCAACUAUGCCUCCUGUAACUGGGCUAUACAGGUGGAAGAGGGGUACAACAUUCGUCUCUCCUUCGCAGGCUUUGACCUUGAGACCGGCCGGGAUACCCUGAGCAUUGUGGGAAGCCGUGGAAACUCUGUCGGACCCUUGGUUCUGACCGGCUCUGAAGUACCUGAGGAUGUCAUUAGCGUUGGCAGUAAUCUAGUCAUCCAGUUCAGUGCAGAUUCAUCCAUCGUUGGACGUGGUUUCUCGUUCACCUAUGAGCGAUUCUUUGAUUGUCCUGCAGGAUUUGUUGAGGUUGAUGUCAAUGGUCCCACAUGCUACAAAUUUGGUAGUAUGACAUCCACCUGGCAACAGGCCAGAGCUGACUGCCGUACUACUCCUGGUGCUGAUCUUAUCAUGAUAAACAAUGCUCUGGAGAACCGUUACAUCAGGGAUGUCUCAGGUGGAGAAGAGUGGUGGAUCGGUUACUACGACGGAGGUCAAGAGGGCGUAUUCACUUACGUGGAAUGUGACACUUCAAACUCGGGAUGGGCCAUCUACAACUGGGCUGACGAUCAACCUAGUCGAGUGCCUGGCAACCUGGAAGACUGUGUCUACAUCCUAGGCGCUGAUGGAUAUUACUACGACGAUAGAUGUGAUGUAGCCAAGAAGUACAUCUGUGAAACAAUCCCAGUUCCAGACAUCAUUCCGGAUGCGUACAACCCUAGUGGGCUGAUGACGGAGGCUCUGAGCUCCGACAUCAUACGUGUCAGUUGGACUCCAAGCUCUUAUCGUUGUGAUGUCACAGGUUACACCAUUGAAUUCACACCGGCUGAUGGCUUAGGACAGGGAACCACUAUUGAGGGAUCAACCUCAAGCUCUUUCGACCUGACCGGGCUCGCUCCAAACAUGGCCUACGUCAUCACCUUGAAAACAGAGACAUUCAGUUUUGGCGCUCUCGCAUCCUUGCCACCAAUGACGGAAACCACCCUACCAGCAGGCACGACCAAUUGUCCAUCUGGUUAUGACCAGGGACCUGACUAUACCUGCUGGAGGUUUGGAGUGAACCCACAAACAUGGUACGACGCUCGGCUCAAUUGCCAGGCUGAUGACCCCGAUGCUGACCUCGCCGUCAUCGACACAUUAGCUGAACUUGACUUUGUCAACAACACUCGUUUGCCUGUGGCAUACUGGAUUGGUUUCAACGAUCUCGGAACUGAGAGACUCUUCCGUUGGGUGGACUGCCAGGCCCCGACCAAUUGGCAGGCUGCCAACUGGGCUCCAGGCGCGCCCUCAGAUCUCCUUGGUAACGAUGACUGCGUUGAGCUGACCACCGCAGGGGAAUGGGACGAUGUCUCGUGCGACAACACUAGACCUUUCAUCUGUAAGGUCCAGGCUAAGGGUUUCACCGAGGAGGAUCAAUACCCAUCUCAGUUCAUGGUCCAACCUACCUCAGCCCUGACUGCCUCUGCCAUAUGGGUGCCAGCCCUAUCCAGCUGCAACCUCCUCGGCUACUACCUCAUCGCUUCAGAUGGCGGCAUCAACGACGACAUCAUCGUCGACGUCGUUGGGUCGAUCUCCGUACGAGGCGAGAUCACUGGUCUGAAACCUGACUUUCUGUAUGUUGUGUCUCUUGCUCCUUACACGGCACAGGGUGUAUUGGAGAGCAGAUUUAUGACUACGAUCCAAACAUUCAAUGAAUCCACCAUCUGCCCCGAAGGUUACGAAAUUGGCUACAACUACGGCUGUUACCGCUUCGUAACUGACUCGAAGGACUGGGACGAGGCUCGUAUGGACUGCAUGAGCACGCCCAAUGGAGAUCUGGCUGUUGUAGAUACUCAGGAUGAGAUGAACUUCUUCAUUGAGAAAGGAUUCGGCGGCUACGAUUGGUGGGUCGGUCUGUACGACAGGGCACAGGAUGGAUCCUAUCGCUGGGUAGACUGUUCUGACCUCUCGACCUGGGGUCAAGCCCAGUGGGACAUAGGUCAGCCAUCGGACGUUGACGGCAGCGAGAACUGUGGUCAACUCCAGGACAAUGCCAAGUUCAAUGAUAGGGCAUGCGAGAGGGCUCUGCCUUACGUUUGUGAGAUCGUAGUGAAAGAUUUCUCUUCCGAUGAUGUUGAUCCGUCUCUAUUCAUAAGCGCUGCAGUCACCGAGAAUUCACUUCAACUUCGAUGGAUGCCGUCAGACUACAACUGUGACAUCGUUGGAUAUACAAUUACCUACAUGAACAGAGGUAUGCAGAUUGUUGAGGUGCCAGGAGCUGACUCUAAUAGCCAGCUGAUUACUGAUCUUAUGCCAGAGACCGCUUACACCUUCACCCUACGUGCAAACACCUACAUGGGACCAAGGAAUACAACCCAAACAACAAGGGCAACCACACUGCCACCUGCAAAUCCAUGUCCUGAGGGUUGGUUCCUUGGCUAUGGCGAGCACUGCUACAAGGUUGUCAAGUCACUUGUCACAUGGGACGAGGCUCGUGAUGAUUGUAUGUCUGUCGAUGGUGGUGAUCUGGUUGUCAUAGAAACAGCUGCAGAGAACCAGUACCUGCUGAACGCGACUCUUGGAAACGACUUCUGGAUUGGUUACUAUGACCGAGCCAGAGAGGGUGAGUGGAGCUGGGUGGACUGUGGAGCCGAUACCGAGUUUGCCUACUCUAACUGGGCCCCUGGACAGCCUAACGAUCUCAACGGUCUGCAGGACUGCGGGCAAGUCACCAACUUUGGGGAAUAUAACGACUGGGAGUGUACCCGCACCAUGAUGUACAUCUGUGAGAUCUGGCCUAAGAGCUACGUCCCAUCACAAGCCAACCCAAGUCGUUUCCGUGGCGAAGCGGACGACCCCAACACCAUCACCCUAUCUUGGACCCCAUCUGUUCGCUUCAGCUGUGACGUCACGGCCUACCGCAUCACCUACCUAGCCCCUCAAGAGGUCAUCCCUACCACUGUAGAUGUUCCAGGAGCUGAUGCAUCCACAGUGACCCUCGGAGAACUCCAGGAUGGGUUUGCGUAUAACUUCUCCAUCUCUUCCGUGCUGGCUUCUGGACCUGUUCUGGCUGCUGAGGAAACCAUUGUAGAGACUCCAUCCAUGGAUGAUCUGUGUGAGCCAGGAUGGGUUGUAGGUUAUAACUAUGGCUGUUACAAGAUAGUCACGGACCUGGUGACUUGGGAUGAGGCUCGAGAUGAUUGCGCGUCCAUCCCAGAUGGAGACCUGGUCGUCAUGGAAACCGAAGAGGAAUUCAACUUUCUGCGUAAUCUUCUGGUGGAGGGAGAUUAUUGGAUAGGUUUCUACGAUAAGGGAACCGAGGGAGAUUGGAAGUGGGUGGACUGUACAGCUCCAGCUCUCUGGGCCAGGACCAACUGGGCCGUGGGUCAGCCCAACGACCUCACAGGUACCCAGGACUGCGGUCAGAUGCUCAACGCUGGAACAUGGAACGACUGGGAGUGUGAACGUACCGGCCAGUACAUCUGUGAGGUCACUCCUAAAGAUUGGAGUUCCCGCGAUCAGAACCCAACCCGUCUCCGCGGAGAAGCCAUCGAUCCUAACACCAUCGAGCUCCAGUGGAGUCCCUCAGACGCUAACUGUGAGGUCACAGGUUACCGCCUCUACGUACUCGUUUCACCGGACGACGAGGCAUAUAGUCUGGACGUGGUCGGAGGAGAGACGGACUCGUACUUGGUCAAGAAUCUAAGGGCCAAUACAGUCUAUACCUUUGAUAUUGCUGCUAUCACAACAUCCGACAUCCUCUCACCAGUCGGAACAGUGGCUCGCAUCGAUACUCCUGCAAGCGGAGAGUGCGGCAUCACUGAAUUCCUUGAGGAGUCUGGUUCUGUCAUCUCGCCCAACUACCCUAACCUCUACUCCAACAACCAGGAUUGCGUAUAUACCAUCAUGCUCCCAGACACCACCAUGGUGGUGGAGAUUAGCUUAGAGAACUUGGACCUCGAACAAGGGCAUGAUUUCCUGAUCAUUGGAUCUGGUGCUGUUGUUGAUGAGAACGUUGUCGUGACCUUGACCGGUGAUAGCUUCCCUGAGGGAACCCUGGUAACCAAGUCACACCAGGCCUGGAUGAGGUUCAUGAGUGAUGAAUCAAUGACCGCUACGGGCUUCCAACUCUCUUACGAGUCUAAGACAGUUGAGAAGGAUGGAGAGCUGAUAGGUAGUGUGACCAUUCUACUGGUAGAUCAAACCUCAGAGACACUUACGCCCGAAGACUAUGACAUGUUUGCUUCAAGUGUUGCAGAGCAGCUCAAUGUCUUCUGCAUGGCUGCACAAGAAAACUGUCUGGCUGAUGUCGAUGGGAACCAAUUCACCACUGACAAUAUCAUCAUCACCAGCGUGGUGGAGGUCAGCGAUGGUGUCGAGGUGACCUUCUGGGUCAGUGACCCCAACGACCCCAUGGGCAACACUGCCGCUCUGACCAGCGAGCAGCUGGAGGACUUCCUUGUGGAAUACGAGGGUCCGAUCGAGGAAGGUGGACCUAGCUUUGAUUACAUCAUGAGACCUAAGGGCACGUCGGCCAUCAACGAGCCGUGGGUUAUUGCCGUCAUUGCUCUUCUGGGAGUCUGCUUCCUGCUACUGUGUAUCGUGCUCAUCAGAGACUGCACUAAAUCAGAUGACAAGAUGAAGACCCCCUCCAUGGACUCCCUGCAGAUGGUGCCAAAUGUUGCUACUUCCGUUGACUCUCAAAACAAUGAAAAGAGAAACAGCACCUACAACGAAAAUGUCUACUUUCAAUCAGGUGUAGAAGAUGAGACGGACAUCAAGAAAACAGCCCCGCCCUCUCCCACUCCCCCCCAGACCAACGGCAAAGCCACUGAGGUAGCUACCACCAGCUUCUCUACCCCUACCACCACCACCGAACCCACCUACGCCGCCCCCCAGAAGAAAGCGAGCACAAAGUCAGUGAAGGCCGACGUUGAAGCGGGCGUCGAAGCUUCGGAAGACGAGGAGUGAAGGAGGGCCUGAGCUGCAGUAGACAAAUAUGUUCCACAUUUUGAAAAAUGAAAUCCUGACCACUUUUCUGAACUAAUUGAAAGCUAAGUCUAAGAUAACUCAUGCUGGAGUUAAUGAAAUCUGUGUGAUUAUAUCAAAUCAAAUUGUAAGCUGUGGGUUGAAAACAAUAUGACAUUCCCUAGAUUUGGUUAUGUGAGCAUUAGAGGGCAUAAAUACAUUAAAACUUCACCGGGAUAAGAUACAUUUGAGGAUUCUGGUGAUAAUUGGAGUUUAAGACAUUUUGAAAAGUUUACAUGUACUUAGUUUAGCCUUGGUAACUCCGAAAUCCAUCUUAGAUCUAACCGAAU